AUGUAUACUGCUGAUACAUUGUCCAGAGCAGUAGAUCCAAAGGCUGAGUUGAAUGCUGAAACUGAGGAAGAUAUCAGAGUCUACGUAGAUGCUAUUGUCAAGAGCAUGCCAGUUACAUCGAACAAACGAAAUCAGAGUGUCGAAGAGACAAAGAAAGAUGAUCAACUGCAAGAGCUGCUAGGCAUCAUCAGAGAUGGUUGGCCGGAAACGAAGCAGCAAUGUCCAGUUCGAGUCAGGGAAUACUGGAACAUCAGGAGUGAACUCUUUGAAGCAGAUGGCAUCAUCUUCAAAGGCAGCAAAAUAGUGGUUCCCACUACUAUGAGAAGGUUCAUGCUAAACAAAAUCCAUGAAGGACACUUAGGCAUCGAGAAGUGUAAGAAACGUGCUAGAGAAGUCAUCUAUUGGCCCAGAAUCAACACAGACAUCACUGAAAUGGUCCAAAGUUGGACUUCAUGCCUAAUGUACAGACCAAAACAGCUAGCUGAAAGUCUACAUCCUCAUGACGUGCCGAACCGCCCGUGGGGAAAAGUUGCUGUUGAUUUGUUCACGCUGAACAAUAGAGAGUACAUGGUCAUCGUCGACUACUAUUCACAGUUCAUUGAAGUAUGUACUAUGACUUCUACUAGUAGCAAGGCCGUGAUCAACCACAUGAAAGCAGUAUUUGCUCGCCAUGGAACGCCAUGUGAACUCAUGUCGGAUAAUGGUCCUCAAUUUGCAAGCCAAGAGUUCCAGAGCUUUGCAAAAGAAUGGGAUUUUCACCAUUCUACAUCGAGUCCAUAUUAUCCGCAAUCCAAUGGCCUCGCAGAGAAUGCUGUGAAGAUUGUAAAAAAACUCAUAUUGAAGUCACAGCACAAUGGACAGGAUAUCCACAGAGCUCUACAAGUCUAUCGCAGUUCACCACUAGCAUGCGGAAAGUCUCCGGCAGAACUCCUCUACAAUCGUCGACUUCGAUCGAAUCUCCCCAUGCUUGACAGUUUACUCGACAACCAACAGCUAGGUCAAUACUCGAUUGGUGAGGGGAAGAAAGGAGGAUCAUAA